CGAUAUCCAGUAUCCAACAAUCACACUUGUAAAAUAUAAGUUGAAAAAUAUAUGUAACGAAACUACUUUUAAAUAUCUCUCGUUAGUCCAGUCACGAACCAGUGCUAAUUAUUUACAUACAUCACGUCUGCUCGCUCAGUAGACUUGAGACAUUAGCACUGAAGGAUCGACAAAUCGAUCAGUAAUAUCAAGAAGUUGCACAAUUUUUCACAUAAGAGGCGACCACUGAUUUAAAAAUGAGUUUUCAUUUAAUCUAUUGAAUCCGGAGUGGUAUGGAUAAUUCUUAAUUUAAAUAUUAACUGAAAAAUGGUGCGAGUGAUAAAAUAAAAAACAAAUCGAAUAUGAAUCCGGCAAAGGAGUGGCGGGAGAGAUUGGAGCCGCUGGUGGCUGUGCCUGAGGAUGAAAGUGAGCACCCACCGCACUCACUACCUCGUCUGAGCGUGGUGAUGCCAGCCAGUACGGGUUCCAGCGUAGAAAAUCUCCCCCCAAGGCCCAAGAGAAGGCCUCUUUCACACGGAGACGAAUCAAUGACAGUGGUAUUGUCAGCGUUUUACGCAAAAUUAUUAAUAGUCCUGGGAGUAGCGCUGCCCGUUACGAGCACAAUACAAAAUCAGCUCUACACAAACAUCACAACGGAUGUGUUCACCAUGUAUUUAUAUGUUGUCAGCAUGAUAUUCUUAGCCUACACUUUCUACCAUCUUCGGAUAGCCAAAAUGGAGAAGAAAAAAGAGAACAUGAAACGUACCCGCUACGGUAGUUUCUACCUCCACAUGGGAGUGGCAGGGUUCAGCGUGGGUUCCGUCAUCUACUCGUGCCUGCAAAUCGGGGGCUACUUCGAUCUGUCUGGAGACUGCCAGAUGGCUAUUGUAGCCCUGAAGCCAGCCCUCCGGAUACUCUUCAUGGUCGCGCAGACUGUCUUCAUCUUCUCAUAUACAGAUAUCCUAGACCCAAUGCGCGGGGUAGUACUCGACAGAUUCGGGCUGAUGCACCUAAUAGCAACCAACGUUUGCGAAUGGCUGAACGUCGUCAUACAAGAGACAAGAGAUGAUAUCGUCGCAGUGGCUUUUGACAGGCCAGCCCUUAUGCGCUACGCCAACAUAAGCGGACCUUCACAAAAUUUAAUAAUUUCAAUUAAUCAGACAAAAGAAGAAGCAAACAACGGUACUUUUUUACGUGGAAGCAAUGAGACUAUUGUCGCAAACUCCAUCGUCAAUAAAGCUGAUUUCAAUCAGACCACAGUAAUACUUCAAAAAUGGACGUGCAACGUUUCAGAUAUGAUAGCACCUUUAAUCAGAAGCACGAACCCAUACUUGAGGUCUUGUGGCGUAGAGUACAGCCUCCUCUGCUCUGUCAUCAUAGUGGUUAUUUGGAAUGAUUUAUGCACAGUGCCAGGAUCGAAAUUUAUCAGAGGCCCAGUAAGGAACAUCGGCAAGGAAUCGCGACAGUGCUGCUCCAGGAUGAAAUCCAACAACCAUUUUUCUGUGGACUGCGGCAGCGCGCACAAAGGACUUUUCUUGGGAAUCGCCGUGUUGGCUGGCACAGUCGUCAGCCUUAUGCUCUUCGACGGUCUCUUCCAUAAUAAAAAUUAUAUCGAACUUGCUUUAUUACAGAUCAACGUUUGGGAGACAAUCCUAUUCAUACUAAUGACGCUCAGUUCGGCAACAUGUCUUCAACGCAUACGCACUCUUCCUAUCCGGAAAACUGUUUACGCGUUGCCGUUGGAACACUCUUUGCUCCUAGUCACACAGUGCGGCGUCUACCUCUAUUACCUGUUCCAAAUCAUUGGAGCUGGGUUUAUCAUACACAAAUACCCUGAAGAAAGACGAGCUACUAGGAUAUUGUCGCCGCUAUGCGCUGUGAUCCAAAGUUCCUGCCAGACUCUGCUAGUAUUAGACUCGUGGUCCCGCAGAAGCGCUGAAGUGCCAGGCGGGAGACGACCUGGUCGACAGCUGAUUACUUUCCUUUUAGUGGGCAACUUAGCAUUAUGGCUCCUCAACCGUGUGAAAAAUGCAAGGGCUGAAUUUCACCCACUUCAAAUGGAGUUUUUCGGUGUUUGGGCAUGGACACUCAUCACGCAUGUUUCAGUACCACUUUCCGUUUGCUAUAGAUUUCAGGCCACGGUUUGCUUUUACGAAAUAUGGAAAAACUCGUAUAAAAGAAAUAAAGAUUCUAGUGAUAUAGAUUUAACUGAAAUUGAAUUAAAAAACUAUCACAUUGCCUAACAUUUUUUUUCCUUUUAAGCUAUUGUAUAGCUUUUAUCGCGGGCUUUGAACGCGGGGACCGAACCAAAAAAUUCUGUAACGAAAACCUUGCGAGAGUGCAUAUACCAAUAGAACACAAUUUUCGCCAUUCUAAUAUCAAUCUAAACGGGACUAACGUUCGACGCAUCACCGCGGUCGUCGGUUCAAAUCCCGCACUCGUAUUUUUUAUUUUUAUUUUUUUUCAUUAUUUUUUAUAUAUUUGUUUUAGACCCCAGCACCUGUUCUUAUUUUUGUUUGUCUCCCUUUUAUUUUGACUUUAUAAUUAUAAUUAAAAUUUUUGGACUAAAGAUGGUAAACUGUGGAGCUUGUGGAAGUUUUUUGGCGCCGGGCAAUGCUGUUGUUUGCUGUGCUUGCCCAAUAAAAUAUAAUAAGGCCUGCCUCGCCAUCCCGGAAAAGUUGAGUGUCAGCAAGGACUGGAUAUGCCCGAACUGCAAGAAGAGCACACGCAGGGGUGACAACACGCGUACGCCUGUAAAUGGUAUCAGCGAAUCUUCCGAGCCCGAAAAACCGGUUGCUGUACGAGAACCUGUCGACCUAGCUAGGGGCUCUCCAAAGGAAGAUGAGGUCCAGGGUAAGGCCAAGGAGAACGCCGUCAGAAAUAAUCACACCAGUGAUAUAAAAAGUAUGCUGGCCGACUGCCUGAAGGAGACGAGGGAAUUCCGCUCAGACAUGGAGGCCUUCCGCAUUUCUUUUACCGCUCGACUUGACUCCUUCGAGUAGAAAGUUGCGGUGUUGGAGCAGCGUCAAGUAGAUCCUGAUGCAACUGAUAGGAUGGACUUGGAGUGCACCAUAUCCGAGCUGCGCGCCCAGGUUAACGACCGCGAUCAGGAGGCGUUGAUGUCCGACCGGCGGGUUGCCCGAAGAGAGGGGCGUCAGCGUGGAGCAGAGCGUCACCAUGCUGGCCUUGCGGCUGGGAGUGACUCUCGACAGGCUGGGUGUUCGCGGAGCGUGUGGGCGCGCCGCCAGCUGCGCGACGACCUCUUGGCAGUCGCGCGUGUGCGCCGCAUGGUCACUGUUGCGGAGGGUCACGGACUCGGAGGACGGCGCCCCGAACACCGCUAGUGUUGCCCAAAUGCAAGAUCAAGACGAGACUUGGCCAGUCUUGGUCUUGGUCUUAGGCCAAUACACCUGGUCUUGGUCUUGGUCUUGGUCUUGCGCUCCCAGUCUUGGUCUUGGUCUUGCAGCAAGAGUCUUGCAAGUCUUGCAAUUACCUAUUAGACUAUUGCUAUUUAUUAAAGUUUACUUUAGAUCUUAGAAAAACGUAUUAGAAUUGGAACAUUGUGAGCUUGAAUUAACAUAGCCAUAGUAAAGACCAAUCAGAUUAAUAAAUGUCUGAAGAUUUGAUAAGAAAUUCGAAAAAUCAACUGCCACAUGGUUAGCAACUGAGCUAUAUGCCAUUUUCCAUGGGAGUAACUGUUUCUUAAUAAACAUUUACGCUUUAUAAGCUUACAUGUGCUAAAACAUGUAAAAAAAACAUAAUAACUUGACUGUAUUUUAAAGAAUUUUUAUUGAAGUUAUACUUCUUUAGCCG